AUGUCGCCCCGCGCCUCGAACGCUCGCCUUGAGCAACUCAACUUCUCCCUCGGUGACGUCCUUACGCGUCUUACCGCCGCUUCUGAGAAGAUGAAAACUGGUUACGCCUCUGUCCAAGCCGGCGGCGGCAUCAACCACCAAUACUGGACUUCCGGUGGGCCCGCGAUCAUGACCGCUCUCCCGGAGAUUGAAGCUUGCCUCAAGGCCGUCACCCGCAUCUCACAAUCCCUUACAUCUCUAGCCGAUGACUUCCACCAUCACCCCGCCCCUACCCCUUCGCCUAGCUACCCUGCGCUCAUAUCCCUGAUCUCAGCUCAGACUCGCCUCCAAGAUCGUGACCCAACGCUCACCAACGUCGCCCGCAGCCUCGAUGAAGUCAUCAGCGCAAUACUAACGCUGAACUUCGCGGACGCCACUUCUAAAUCCCCUACCAACCGCCCGUCUCCCCACCCGAACCUUAUGAACUUCACGUCCCUAACGGGUAGUGCCCACCCACCACUCGAUGAGGCCUCCGAUAGGGAAGACUAG